AUGUCGAGCUCUAGCUCGUCAACUACGAAACGAAAGCAAAGAGACUCGAUCUCUCCCCCGCCUGUCAAGCGGAAAGUCCAGAGUGGCACGACGAAGAAUGCGGUUGCAAAUUUCUUCAAGCCAACGUCACAAAAGCCAAAAGACCGUACGAUAUGGACCGAACGCGCACCUAACGACGAUACACCCGCUACCCUGCUUGUCGGCCGCUAUGAACCAGAGGAGCCCUCGACCGGGUCAGAGAAGAGGAGGAAGGUGGCUGCCUUUGACCUGGACUCGACCCUAAUUACAACAGCUUCAGGCAAGAAACAUGCUGAUGCCGCCGACGACUGGAAAUGGUGGCAUGCUUCUGUGCCUGGAAAGCUGCGGGACCUGUACAAAAAUGAGGGAUAUCUUAUUGUGGUGCUAUCCAAUCAAGCUGGCCUCGUCCUCCACGCAGAUCCGAAAGCAAAAAACCCGAAAUCGACAAAAGACCGAGUCUCGGCUUUCAAGCAGAAGGCGAAUGCCGUGUUGACGCAGCUCGAUAUCCCAACCACCAUAUAUGCCGCCACAGAUAAAGACAUAUACAGAAAACCAAGGCCGGGGAUGUGGAAGGAGCUUUGCGCUGAUUACGACCUUACUGAAGACGUUAACUUGGAGGAGAGUAUCUUCGUCGGCGAUGCUGGCGGUCGCAUCGCGGCAUCGAAACUCUCCAAAGACUUCAGCUGUUCCGAUCGAAACCUGGCCCACAACAUCGGGAUCACAUUCAAGACACCGGAAGAAUUCUUCCUUGACGAGAAACCUCGGGAUUUUGUCCGGGAAUUCGACAUCGUGCAUUUCCCGUACCCAGAGGAUUUCAGUUCAGAGACAUCGAGUGCUCUGUUUGAGAAGAAAAAUAAACAGGACAUCGUUCUUUCCUGUGGCCCACCAGGUGCUGGGAAGAGUACGUUCUUCUGGAAGUACCUCAAGCCCUUGGGGUAUGAACGUAUCAACCAGGACACGUUAAAGACUCGAGACAAGUGCGUGCAGGCCGCCAAAGAGCUACUGAGUGAAGGCCAGUCGGUAGCAAUAGACAACACGAAUCCCGACCCCGACACCAGAGCUGUUUGGGUUCAGCUCGCAGCGAAAAAUGGCAUUCCAAUCAGAUGUGUUUGGUUCAAGACACCUCUUCAUAUUUGCGAACACAAUGACGCCGUACGAUCUAUGAAUGAAUCUCUCAAUCCCGAGUCACGAACAGCACUCCCUAGGAUGGCCUUCAAUGGAUUCAAAUCCCGCUUCAAGGAGCCCAAAGUGAAAGAGGGAUUCCAAGACAUCACCGAACUCGAGUUCGCCUUCAGAGGUACCAAGGAAGAGCACGAAGUGUGGGCCAAAUACUGGCUAUGA